AUGAUUGAAUCAGUAUGGGUUUUAAAGAUAUUAGAGGGUGUAUCCGAAGAUUUUUAUGAUCAAGGAUCAACAUUUCAAUAUCCUACAUCAUUAUCUACAAUAUAUGAUAGAUCAAUGAAUGUGGAUUUAUUAAAACAUUACGAUCCAUCAACAAAUAGUUUUUACUAUGACACGAAUAGUGACCAGAGUAGUGAUAAUGAUGAUGACUGUAUGAUAACAUCAACAACAAAUAAAAAUAUAAAUAAUAAUAAUAAUAAUCAGCAGUUUAGUAAUAUCAUUAAACAGCUAAAUUGUUUAACAACCAAAGUGGAUUACAAUUCAAUUCAGCAAAAUUAUAAUAAUGACGAUAAUAGUUAUCAGUUGAUAAGUUGGUCCAUCGAUAAUCAAAUUGCUUUCACUAUGAACUUAAAUAAAAAUCAAUACAUCAAACAAGAGCAACAAAAUAUAUAUAUUGUUAGACCAGAGUUCCCCCACGAGUAUAUUGUAAUUAAAACAUCACAUACCAAUACUAUAAAGAGUUUAGAAUGGUCAACACAAUCACCAUUUCAUAUUUUAAUGUCUUAUGAUCAAUCAGAUAAAUUAUGUCUAUGGAAAUCAAAAGAUAAUUCUUCGGAUGAAUGGACUUGUAUUCAAUCUUUUCCAUUUCAAUAUUUAUUAUUAUCAAAAUGGUUACCAGUUCUUUCUUCAUACUCACCAAUUUUUAACCCAUUUAAUUUAAAAAAUCAACCACCACCACCACCACAACAACCCAAUGGUACUUCCAGCAGCAAUGGCAUGAAUAGUAGCAAUACUCAAUUUAAAUCACCAUUCGAAUCUUUAACAACUGAUAAAAAUACUGCUAAUUUAUCACCAACAUUUAUAAGUUUAACAAAGGAUGGAAAGGUAUAUAUUGGUUAUUUUAGUAUUUUUGAAAAUAUAUGGAAAUAUAUUAUUGGGCAAAUACCAUUACCAUUUUAUCAUUCAAUUGAUUCUGCUGAUGUUAUACCAACUCAAGAUGAUGAUUCCGUGAUGAUAGCAAUUUAUUCAAAAGAUAUUGGUUUUUCCAUUGUUUUUUAUCAUGUCACAUUCAAUGUUCAUUCAAAUGAAAUUAAUAUUAUUCAAAGAGAUAAAAUUUUAAUAAAUAAUAAUAUAUUCGAAAAUCAAGAAGAUCAACAGCAACAGGAUGGUGACAUGGAGGAUGAUAGUUAUAAAUCAUUAAGUUUUAAGAUUAGUGCAAUUCAAUUCGAUAAUUCGCAAAACUCUAUUAUAGCAUUAAUGAAAGGUGUAAAUUCAUCGGCACUAUAUAGAUGGGAUAAAAAAGUGAUUUCAGAUUCACCACAAAUACCAAUAUUCGAAUUACUUUUGUCAGUUAACAAUGCUUAUGAAGCACCAAAACCAACACUAGGGUCAACCUAUUUCAUCAUUCAUUCUCACCAAUCUGGUUUCCUUUGGUUAAAUCAUUCAAAUGGUUCAGUUGAAAUUGUUGAUAGAUUAACAUUCGAAUCAAUAUCAGUUUUAACAAAAGAAGAUGAAAUUAAAUUAAAUAAUGAAACAAUUAUCUCAAAUGAUCAUUCAAAUGUUAAUCAAAAUACAGGUAACAAUAGCAAUAACAAUAGUAAUUUUAGUAAUAAUGAUAGUAGCUUAAAUUUAUCAAUUUGUUCAUCACCCAAUGGAGGUUUGGUUGCACUAUUGACAAGUGAUUUAAGGGUUAAGGUUUUAGCAUUACCAAUUCAGUCUAUUGGUACAUCGUUAGACAGUCAAAAAGUGGUUUCAAAAUGGUUGGCUCAGCUUUUCCAAAACUCGAUGGUCAAGAGCAAUGACUGGUGGGAUAUUUUAAUUCUUUUAAAGAUUUACUCUACCGCUAUAGAUACACGUACUACCUUUCAUCAUACUAUUAUACACUUAUCAAGUGAUUUCUCAUCGUUACCAAACGAAUUUCAAGUUUUAUACCGAAAUGUUUUCGAUUCAAUAAAGUCCUCAAUUUAUAGAAUUGUUUCUGGAAUGGAAGUUGCAUUCGUUGACAGUCAAGCUAAAUCAUUCAUUCAUUACCUUUGUGAUACUCUCAAAUCAUCUUAUGGACCACUUUCACAAGAAACAGCUAUCAAAGAUCGUGAAAAUAUUGUAAUUUUAAUUGAUUGGGUAAUAGAAUUUGGUCAAUUCUUUUUAAAGAACUUGUUUUAUUUCUCUUUUGUUUAUGCCAAAAAAGAUGAAAUUAAUGUUCAAAUUCCCGAAAGUAUGCAAGAUUUGCCUUUGAAACAUUAUUUCCCAUUCUAUUAUGUCGAAACCAAAGGAAAUUUUGGUUUUCCAGUUAUCAGUUUAUUAUUUGAUUUCAACUUAUUAUUUGUAUUAUUUGAAUUAAUGAAUUACAGCAAAUUAUAUAAAGUUAAAACACCAUAUACCCAAACACAAAAGGUUAAAUUUAAGGAUGAAUCAGAAAUUUCAAUUUUUUUAGAUAUAUUUACAAAAAUUAUAAAAGCAUUAACAAAACAAAUAGUCUCUCCAGAACAAUUUAUCCAAGUUGAAAAUUAUUUAGAUAAUUAUUAUUUAUUAAUAAGCCAAGAUAAAAUUAAUCAAAUUGUUUCACUCCCAUCUAUUGAAUGUAAAGGUUCACAAAUGGUAUCCCUAAUAGAAGUUAUGAAAAGAUUCGAAACAAUUAUUCCUCAAUCUGUUGCCCAAGAUACAAAUGAUAUAUCUAUCAACGCUUCAUUUUCGAUUUUAGAUUUGGAUCCACCAUUAGAUGGUUUUUUAGAUCAAAAUCCAAUUACUACAAAUCAAAAUACAGAUACAACUAGUUCCGAAUAUAUGGGUAUUGUUCAUGAUAUUGUAACUAGAAUCCCAAUUGCUCCAAGAAUUGACAAACCUUAUAAAAAAUGUGUUAGAUGCCAUAGAGUUACUGUUGUAUUACGUACUUCUUUGUUUUGGUCUGAUAGAUGGUCAAUCGCUUGUCCUAUUUGUGGUGGUAAAUGGAAAUUAUAUCAACAACAUUAUCUUCACUCUCAAUCUUCUUCUUCUUCUUCUUCUUCCUCUAAUCCUUUGGCCACAAAUGAU